AUGUACAUGAGUGGUUGGAGUAAUGGCGCAGCAAUGGCUGUUCAAUAUGGACUAAAUACACCAAAUAUUGCUGCUGCUGCUGUUUAUUCGGCACCUGAUCCAUACAGAGAUAUUCAUGAUUCCUGUGCACAAGAACCAA